AUGUUCUCUCACUCUGUCGGUACAGCCUACGCCCCUCUCUUAUCGGCUUCCUCGAUGGGAAUGGGACCUCUGCCAGCUUCCAAGGGCAGAAGACGCCAAGCCAAAGCUCUCUUAAAAUCUUUUUUCCACCGGAAGGACUCUGGCUGUAGGUAUGAACAGCCCGCCUUUUGUGGCACGGGUGAUACAUCCUCUCCUCAUCGUAGAGUGAGAGACAGAAUUCGUACUGCUUUUCAAAGUUGGUUUCCUCCCAAAAAGUGCCGCUUGAAUUCCUUGAACCCGUCUUCUACUAGUAGGCUCUUAGAGACCGCUAAUUAUUCAACUGCUCAAGGUGACUACUCGCCAUGUUCGUUGUCCAGUAGUAUUGCAACCGGCUGCGAAACAGACGCAGGUACCUGGAACCAAGUUCGCUUUUGCACCCAACCAACUUAUGCCUCUGCCCCACGCUAUGACGAGUAUAGUAGCUCAUUCAUUUUGCCAGCUGACUAUUCUUCUUUUGCCAAUGAAGUCUUAUCUGUCAGAAUUCGAGUUAAAGACAUUUCCAUCAGCAAACUUGAGUCUAUCGCUGAGGCUAAUGAGCCUGACAAUUAUCACAAGUCUGACAAAUAUAAUGAGUCUGAUGAAACUUGUGUUGAGUCCUGUGAUUCUCUUUCUUUGCCUGAUUCAGCUUGUUUAUCUUGCUGUGAGCCUCGCUACUACACUGCCAACUUGGACCUCAACAACUCCUCAUCGUCGUCUCAUUUCGCUGGUUCUUUCCAAGAGUCACUUCCUUUAAAGAAAAUCCGCAAGUGUCCUACUCCAUCAUUGAUUAAUGCCUCUGACUCCGCCUCUGUUGACUCGAUUAACCCAUCUUACACUGCUGCUAUGGUUUCUGGCUCAACAGCGAUUGACCCAGAGCUCCCAUUGAUUGCCUACUUCUCGUUGCCAGAAGCUGAAAUCUUUUCUGAGGGCUGGAAGGAAUCAAACGUUGUAGUAGAAAUUUCCUCUGCAGCUACUGACAUGUGGGAUGACUUGAAUGCUUUCCAGAACCAACGUAUGAAAGACGAUCAAAACGAAGAGCCUAAGUGGGCCCAACAGGAUUACGGAGAUGCUUCAGAGUUCCAAUUUGGCAACUACAAGUGCCAGCAGUCAUUUGCUAAGGAAUUCAAGAAAAACGUCGCUGAGGAGUUGGCUAACACCACCUAUAGCAUGAUGCAAGCUGUUGAUGGCGUUGAUAGAUCCAAGUACAUUGUAGAUGACGAGGAGUUUCUCGAGAAUAUCUAUACUGAAAGCUAUUUUGCUAAUCUUCAGAACUGA